AUGCCCAACGAGGCCCUUGAAGAUAUCUCCUUUCAGCUCCACAGCCUCAUUGACCUCAAGCUCAAUGCUGAGGGCCUGAUGUACACCGCGUGCACCCCCACCCUGUCGCCCACCGUCAGACUUGGCAAUAUUGUUCUACAGCCAGAUGGAGCUUGGCGCCCCCGGGGAAGGAAGGACUGGACAGUCUGUGCCCAGGUGGGGGAUUCAGAAAGUGAACGCCAGCUUUUACUCGACGCUCAACGCUGGAUUGAGGAUGAUGGCUCGCUGUUCAAGAUCUGCCUCACAGCGAAGAUCAAGAGACUUCCUGAAGAGAUCGAAAUUAGCAUUAUACAGUCUGCCCCUUUCUAUACUCAAAUUCUCCAGCGCAACUACACUUCUGCUAUGCUUAUAGCAAGUGCCAAGAUUAUCCGCUAUCAUUCUGGUCCUGUGGUCGAGUUCCAGGAUCACAGAAACUCCACCAACACGCUGAUGGCCCUUCGACUUCCUAUCGUCGCAUUCACCGGGCCCCAACCUCCGACCGGAGUUCAAGUCAACUUAGGGGGUGAUAUUGUGCUUACAGGACAGGAACUGGCGGAAAUUGGACGGAGACACUGGGUUCCGGAAUUUAACUACUGA